AUGUCGUUAUCUCACAUCCACAUUCGGACAUACGAAAACACCUGUCCAACGAAUAAGAGCAGUAGACCCGAUGCCAUUCAAGAUGGACUACUCACUUUUAAGCCUGUGUUUCAAAGCUGCGAUUCAACCUUCGGUGCUGAAGUAUCAGGGGUAAAUUGGAGCGAACUGAUCCCCAAGGAGAUAGUGGCGCAGUUAGUUAUAUUGCAAGAUAAGUAUGGGGUCUUAAUAUUUCGUCAAACUGGUCUAGAUAAUAGCCGUCAUAUCGCCUUCUCUCAGCAAUUGGGUGAGAAGCUAGAAAUCAACCCCUUCUUUUACGGACGUGAGAAUGACAGGCUGGGUGAGCCAUUGUUGUUCGACGUUGGAAAUAUUGAAUUGGACGGCUCAUUAGUGAAACGCGAUAGCCGUAGGUGGCAUCAUAGUCUAGGGAACGCCCUGUGGCACACGGUUUGA